CAGCAAAUUGGUCUGUGCGGCUGCACACUUAACGCGUCCGCUGCCUUUCGACGCGUCCGACCGACGAUCUCAACAUCUCUCUACACCUCCAACUUCCUACGUGCCUACAUCAUAACUGAAACCUGCCCUUCGAAUUGCUGCCUAUUCAACCACCCUAACAUUUAGCCCCGGAGCUAUUACAGUGUGGUCGACCGACCACCGCUACAUUUCGGGAUGGCUAGCCAACCGAAAGAAAAGAAACAGCAAUCCCUAACCAGUUUCUUCACGCCGAGAACCAUCAAUGGCCUCUCGGCAUCUCUUAAAAAGCCCCAGGCCCCAAAUCCCGACAGCCCUAGCGAUUCCUCCGAGGGCAAUAAAAAGCGGCCGCUUCAGGAGGACACCGGUCACGGAAAUAAUACUCCCCUGAAGAAGAGACCAAAGGGAGACCGUGAAGAGAACCCGGCCGAUACCCCUGAGACGAAUCCUACCAAGUCGCCCACCUUAGCGCCUGUCAGGCCUAGCAGGCCCGGCACUCGGACCGAGCAAUAUAUCUUCAAUAGCGCCAGCUCUCAACCGGACGGCCCUAGUGGUCUAGGCGAUGGCGACAGCAGCGAGAGGCGGAAGAGGGAGGAGCUGCACCGCAAAUUUGUCCAGAAGCUCGGGCGGCCGGACAGCAUUCUAUCCGCUAGGCCUCGAGGCGGGCCCGGGGACGACGACAACCAGGCUGCGGAGGACGGUGGCGAGGACGGCGAGGAGGAGGAAGAGGCGGCGCCACCACCUACCAAGGGAAAGAAGAAAGGGGGCAAGGCAGGGAAACUGACACCCAUGGAGGUGCAAUUCCUCGAUAUCAAGCGGAAGCACAUGGACACGAUCCUGAUCGUCGAAGUGGGCUACAAGUUCAAGUUCUUUGGCGAGGACGCCCGGGUCGCGUCGAAGGAGCUCAGCAUCGUCUGCAUCCCGGGGAAGCUCCGGUACGACGAGCACCCGUCCGAGGCGCACCUAGAUAGGUUCGCGUCGGCCAGCAUCCCGGUGCACCGGCUCCCGGUGCACGCCAAGCGGCUGGUGGCGGCCGGGCACAAGGUCGGCGUCGUGCGCCAGAUCGAGACGGCGGCGCUGAAGAAGGCCGGCGACAACCGCAACGCCCCGUUCACGCGGAAGCUCACCAACGUCUACACCAAGGGCACCUACGUCGACGAGAUCGGCGAGCUCGACCAGCGCAGCGGCCCGGGCGCCUCGGCCGGCGGGUACCUGCUCUGCAUCACCGAGUCGAGGGCCAAGGGCUCCGGCACCGACGAGAAGGUCGAGGUCGGCAUCAUCGCCGUGCAGCCGGCCACGGGCGACAUCAUCUACGACCGGUUCGAGGACGGCUUCAUGCGCAGCGAGAUCGAGACGCGGCUGCUGCACAUCUCGCCGUGCGAGUUCCUCAUCGUCGGCGAGCUGUCCCGGGCCACGGACAAGCUGAUCCAGCACCUCUCCGGCAGCGCCACCAACGUGUUCGGCGACCGGAGCCGGGUCGAGCGGGCGCCCAAGUCCAAGACCUGCGCCGCCGAGGCCUACUCGCACGUCGCGCAGUUCUACUCGGCCAAGCUGAAGGAGGCGUCCGAGGGCAGCAAUGAGCAGGCCAGCACGCUCCUCGACGCCGUGCUCAAGCUGCCCGAGCCCGUCACCGUCUGCCUGUCCUCGAUGAUCAAGCACCUGGAGGAGUACGGCCUCGAGCACAUCUUCGACCUGACCAAGUACUUCCAGCCCUUCGGCACCCGCCAGCACAUGCUCAUCGACGGCACCACCCUCGAGAGCCUCGAGGUCUACCGCAACCAGACCGACUUCUCCGAGAAGGGCAGCCUCUUCUGGGCCCUCGACAAGACCCUGACCCGCUUCGGCCAGAGGCUGCUGCGCAAGUGGAUCGGCCGCCCGCUCCUCGACAAGGACUGCCUCGAGGCGAGGGUCGCCGCCGUCGAGGAGCUGCUCGAGAACGCGUCGACCGCCAAGGUCAGCCAGCUGGAGCGCCUGCUGAAGAGCACCAAGACGGACCUCGAGCGCAGCCUGAUCCGCAUCUACUACGGCAAGUGCACCCGGCCGGAGCUGCUCGCGGUGCUGCAGACGCUGCAGAGGAUCGCGACCGAGUUCUCGCGCGUCGGGGGGCCGGAGGAGAGCGGCUUCGCCGCCCCCGCCAUCGGCGCCGCCAUCGCCUCGCUGCCGCGCAUCCUGCCGACGGUACUGUCGUACCUCGACCGCGUCAACGCCGAGGCGGCCCGCCGCGACGACAAGUACGCCUUCUUCCGGGAGCCGGAGGAGACGGCCGCGAUCACCGAGCACAAGCUCGGCAUCGCCGCGGUCGAGCACGAGCUCGACGCGCACCGCCAGCAGGCCGCCGCCACCCUCGGCAGCAGGAGCCCCGUCGCCUACGUCGCCGUCGCCGGCGUCGAGUACCUCGUCGAGGUCCCCAACGCCGACCUCCGCCGCGUGCCCGCGUCUUGGGUCAAGGUCAGCGGCACCAAGAAGCUCUCGCGCUUCCACACCCCCGACGUCGUCCGCCUCGUCGCCGAGCGCGACCAGCACCGCGAGGCCCUCUCCGCCGCCUGCGACGCCGCCUUCGCCGACCUCCUGCGCGCCCUCGCCGCCGAGUACCAGCCGCUGCGCGACGCCGUCUCGGCCCUCGCCACGCUCGACUGCCUCCUCUCCCUCUCCAAGGUCGCCGCGCUGCCGGGCUACACCAAGCCGGUCUUCCUGCCCGCCGACGCGCCGCCCUGCGUCUCCGUCGUCGGCGGCCGCCACCCCGUCGCCGAGCAGACGCUCACCACGCCUUACAUCCCCUUCACCGCCGCGCUCGCGUCGCCCGCGCCGCUCGCGCACCUCGUCACCGGGCCCAACAUGGGCGGCAAGUCGUCCUUCGUCCGCGCCGUCGCCCUGCUCGUCCUCCUCGCCCAGGUCGGCUCCUUCGUCCCCGCCGACGCGCUCACCCUCACCCUCGCCGACGCCGUCUACACCCGCAUGGGCGCCCGCGACAACCUCUUCGCCGGCGAGUCCACCUUCAUGGUCGAGGUCUCCGAGACCGCCCGCAUCCUCCGCGCCGCCACCCCCCGCUCCCUCGUCCUCCUCGACGAGCUCGGCCGCGGCACCAGCACCCACGACGGCGCCGCCAUCGCCCACGCCGUCCUCCACCACGUCGUCCGCGACGUCCGCUGCCUCACCCUCUUCAUCACCCACUACCAGAACCUCGCCCGCGUCGCCGACGGCCUCGGCGGCGCCUGCACCAAUCUCCAUAUGCGCUUCACCGCGACCCGCCGCGACGGCACCCGAGGCCGCAGCGGCGACGAGAAAGGAGACGACGAUUUCGAGGGCGACGAGGACAUUACCUUUCUGUACGAGGUGGGCGAGGGCAUGGCUCAUAGGUCCUACGGUCUUAACGUAGCGAGGCUCGCCCGUAUCCCCAGAAAGGUACUCGACGUGGCAGCAAGGAAGUCCAGGGAGCUUGAAUUGGAGAUUAAGACACGCCGGUUAAAUGGGGCAGUGAGACUACUAGCCGACGUGUUUCGGAACGACCUGGGUCAAUUAGAUCAUGUCGUAUCGAGUGUCGAACAGCUGUAGAUGAUGAAUCCCGUUGCAUAUGCGAACUAUGCCCUGGCAUCUUGAUGCAAUGUGCGGCAACCAAGAUGCUAGCUAUGUGCUAAUAUUACAUGUGGGCGCAAUGCUGAGGCCAACCGUCAAAAUGACUAAGAUGAAUUUGUCCUUAAACCUGAUGUAACCACGGUUUUCCAUCGUCAAAGAAUACGGAGGCUUUCUUCUUCGAACCUAAUUGAAGAACAGUUCAGUGAUCC